AUGAUAUCGAUAUUUGGUGCACUUCGAGGCCUGCGACAGCUGCUCUGGCCCAAGAGCAGCGCCAGCGUCCCAGAUGAACCCAAAAAGCUAAGGCCGACGGCCUAUCUAGACGGCCUGAGGGGUUUUGCCGCCCUUCUAGUCUUUAUCCAACACCACGAAGAAUGGGCGCACUGCUUUUCGAUCCCCAUCUUUGAGGGCGGUUUUGGCUACCGAGGCAACUACUACUUCGCGACCUUCCCCUGGGUUCGCAUGCUCUUCACCGGCGGCCAUGCAGCUGUGGCUACUUUCUACAUUAUCUCGGGCUACGUGCUAACGUGGAAGCCGCUGUCCCUAAUCCAUGCCGGCGAACAUCUCAAGCUUUUCGACAGCCUGGCGUCUGCCUUCUUUCGUCGCUGGUUCCGACUCUACAUUCCCCUGAUCGUCACCACAUUCUUCUGGAUCACAUCAUGGCAUGUGUUCAACUACUGGAACGCUGCCUGCGAGCCCAAGGCCACCUACCGCGAGGAAUUGUGGAAUUGGUACAAUGAGAUGAAGAACUUCAGCUUCCUCUUCAAGGAUGGAGGAAUGGUCUGGGUUACUUUCAACACACAUCUCUGGUCGAUUCCACUUGAGAUGAGAGGCUCCAUGGUCGUCUUCAUCUCCUGCAUUACCCUGGCUCGAGCGACAACCAAGGCCCGCCUGCUUGCCGAACUCGUGCUGAUGUUCUAUUUCUUGUACAUCGUCGACGGCUACUAUCUAGCCCUCUUUCUCUCCGGCAUGAUGCAGUGUGAACUCGAUCUUCUUGCGAAAAAGGACGGCUGGUUCCCCGGCUUCCUUCGUCGUCUCGAGCCUCGUAAGACCCUGUUGUACUACCUUGGCCUCUUUGUGGCCCUAUAUAUCGCUGGCGUCCCGUCAGAGAAGGCCGAGGUCGAAUAUCUUCGAGAACAACCCGGGUGGUACUACAUGUCGUACCUAACUCCAUCGGCGAUGUACGAUCACAAGUGGAUUUAUCUCUUCUUUUCCUGCAACAUCAUCAUGGCCGCGAUCCCGCGAAUCGGCUGGCUGAAGAGAUUCUUCGAGUCCCGCUUCUGUCAGUUUCUCGGCUACGUCUCGUUCGCGUUUUACCUCGUCCACGGUCCUAUCCUCGCCUCGAUCGGUGACCGCGUCUACUACGCCGUCGGUUGGACACGCCCGCCGAAUGAUAGGCACGAGCAGGUCGCACACUGGGCAAAUCUUUUCCCGCUGCCGAAGAAGGGUCCAAUGGGGCUCGAGAUUGCCUUCCUCGUCCCCAACCUCCUUGUCCUCCUACCGUUCACGUUGUGGGUUGCGAACAUCGUCACCCGGAUGGUCGACGAGCCAGCUGUGAAGUUUGCAGCGUGGCUAUAUAAGCGCGUCCAAGGCGGCGGCUCGCAGGAACCAAAACCAGUCGAACUGGCUCCCUUAAUGAGAGUUGAAUAG